UCCCAGUACUUCAGAUCCAGGAAUCAACCUUCAGAGCCUUUUCUUGGUGUAUGACAUUCAUCCUGGUGACACUCAAGUAGCACGUUGGUGAAGGACAGCAGGGGAACAUCUAUAUUUGUUCCAUUGCUCAUCGCUGGAGUGUCCCUAUCUGAGCAAAGAGGCCGUCUAGGGUUACGGCAAUAAGUCUUCCAACUGCAGUCAUAGAAGAGUGGCAGGGAGUUGCUUUCGUAUGAAUUAAUUUUUACUAGGGGAAAUGAAUAUGAAGUUUGAUGCCAUCUGAGCUAUCAGAAGAAUUUAUGACAUCUUAACAUAGAAGGAUUCAGAUUCAUCAUCUCAUAAGCCUCACUGAGGAUACCAAUGUCAUCCAGAUCUGCUAGCACAAGGGAGUAUGAAACUAGUGGCCAGUCACCUAGUCGUUCAGCUUCCCCACCAGUCCCAAACUCUAGUGACACUGAGGCAGAAGGGUUGAUAUUUUAUCACAUGGAUCUUUAUGGAUCAGAGGAGAGGUUUGAUAUCUUUCCUGAAGAGCUAUCUGGUCAAAGAGAUAGAUCUCUGUGGGAUACCAGAAAGGAAUCUACAUUGAGUAGUGAAAAAAAUCAGCGCUCACAUGAAGCUGGGUAUGACUUGGAAAAGGAGGUUGCAGAGUUGGCUAAGAUGUACGGACUUGAUGAGGAUAGAGAAAAAGAGCUUGAACUUCUCAGAGGACAUGUGGAGAGCAGACGGCCACCUGCUCGCACAGGAAAAGCAGAAUCACAAGGCUCCGUAUAUAAUGCAUCAAAAAGCAGCUCUACAGUGAAAGAUCAAAGUCAAAGCACAAAGCAACAGGUACUUCCUAACGAUGCUGCUCAAGAUGAAGAUCAGAGCAAAGCUAGAGUAGAAGAUGAGGCUGGGAGCCAUACAGGGUCCAGGGAGGGGCUUAGCAGUGGUGGCAUGUCGGAUGAGUGGAGCAGUCAGGCUGUCAGCGAGGAGGAGGAAGGGAUGGAUGUUUUUUGUUCUACCUGCAAGAUACCAAUCCGAGCUUUUGACAAACUGUUUGGUGAGCACAAGGAUCAUGAGGUGGCUCAGCUACCCCGUGCCUUGGAAAGUGAAAAGGAGGAGAUUCAUAAAAACAUGUGCAAGCUGGAAGAGCAAAUUGCUCAAAUGGAAAACUUUGCCAGUCACCUGGAGGAAAUCUUCAUCACUGUAGAGGAAAACUUUGGGAGGCAGGAGCAGAACUUCGAGGUGCAUUACAACGACGCAGUGCAAGUGCUUGCUCAGAAGUACGAAGAACAGUUGGAAGCACUGGGAGAAGAGAAGAGGCAGAAGCUGGAAGCUUUAUAUGGGCAGCUGGUCAGUUGUGGGGAACAACUCGACACCUGUAAGGAGCUGACAGACGUAACCCAGGAGCUUUACCUGGAAAAUGAUAAAGCCAAUUUUAUGAAGGCAGCACUACCCGUGGUUGACAGACUGGAAGAAUUCUUAAAGAAAGAAGUGGAUUUGAAGCUUUCAACACUGCCAGACUUUGAAGAGCGGGUCAUAGAUGUCUCUGAAGUUGAACAACUAAUGAACUCCAUUAAUACUAUUCCAGCCCCUUGUGCCCCUGUGAUCAAUCCCCAGGCUCCCAAUGCAGCAACUGGCACCUCACUGAAAGUCUGCUGGGGCCUCUUCUCAGAUGACACCAUCGAGAGCUACCAACUGUGCUAUAAACCAGUGAGCAACGAGAGGCGCAGUGACGAACAAGCAGAGCAUACAGUAAAAGUCAAAGAAACUUACUGCACAAUUACUAAUCUGUUGCCGAAUACACAGUAUGAAUUUUGGGUCAGUGCCUUAAAUGCCUCUGGUAUCAGUCCACCAAGUGAAAAAGCAGUUUAUGUAACAGCUCCUUCACCACCUACCAUAAUGAGUAAAAAGAUCCGAAGCUGUGAAAACGCAGCACUGGUGUGCUGGGAAUCCAGAGACAUUAACCCUGUUGAUUCCUACAUGGUUGAAUUGUCCAAGAUGAUCGGUGAAGAAAGUGGCAAUACUGUUACUGAAUCUAUUGUUGGGAUUCCUAACUGCGAAGUCCUAAUUCACCUCCAGCCAAGACAAAGCUAUCGCAUCUGUGUUCGAGCCCUAAAUCUGGGUGGUUCCAGUGAAAGAAGUGAACCUGUCCUGAUACACACCACAGGCACAUACUUCUGCCUUAAUGAGGACACAGCCCACCCUUUACUAGCGAUUCUAGAUGAUGGAUUUACAAUUGCAUGCGAUGAACUGGAAAACCCAGAGUGUGAUCUGCCUGUCUACGAUAACAGCUUUACAAGGUCUAUUGGGAUCCUGGGCAGUCUGAUCCCAUUUCCAGGAAAGCAUUACUGGGAGGUGGAAGUUGAGGAAGACACAGAGUACAGAAUUGGUGUGGCUUUUGAAAACACUCCAAGGCAUGGUUAUCUGGGGGCAAACAACUCAUCCUGGUGCAUGAGGCACAUCAUCACACCAUCGAGGCACAAGUAUGAAUUCCUGCACAGUGGGAUGACACCAGACAUCAGAAUUACAAUCCCCCCCCAAAGGAUUGGCAUCCUGCUGGACUAUGAGAACUGCAGACUGUCAUUCUUCAAUGCAGAUAUUGCCCAGCACCUUUACACAUUCAAUUCACACUUCCAGCAUUACGUCCACCCCUGCUUUGCUUUGGAAACACCUGGUAUCCUACGGAUACAUACUGGAAUUGCAAAACCCCUGUGGACUGCCCUCCCAUGAUCUGUGUUCUGCAGCUGCCACAUCUACAGGUUAACUUGCAUUGAGCAACACCUUUCAGGAUUAAAUGCUCCAUCACACUCCCCGUGAAUCAGCUCUCCUUCAAGGAGAACAAAGCAACCCUAACCCAAAACAGCUGCCAGACCCAAGCCUUUAGGACACUCUGUCCUCUUAUGCAAGAUCUUGGCAGAAAACCAUUAUGGUCACAAGAUUCAUCAGCAUCCCAGAAUUCUCCAGCUUGAAAUGGGUACCAUGCUUCCCAGAUGUGACAGUCACCCAGCAGCAGUGGUAGCUGGAUCACUGGUACCCUCAGUAUCCGUUUGACACCUAUAGAACUCCUCUGUUCCAGAGCAAUCACCAAUUGCACUCUUGUAUCUGCUGAAGAACCAAACAUUCAAAGAAAAACAAAACCAGCAAAAGGCAUAAUCACUGUACACCUGCUAGACAGAGCUGAAAACACUCCAACCAUGAUGCUGAUCUCACAAUCAAAUAUUCUUUUUGCUACAUGAAGUCUGCGACACAAGAUAAUCAAAUAUGCCUCCCUUGUGUGUGAACUGUUAGUGCCUACCACACACUUUUUUAAAUACCCAAGCCUCCACUACAGUCUCAAAUAUUAAAAGACAUUUUUGUAGAA